AAGACUUGCUGUAGAGUUGACGUGGAACAGUUGAGCACGCCCAGGCUUUACUUAGAUCAGAUCUGAAGCUGGAGCCUCUACCUUUACCGCUCUUUGCUCCCAGCCCCCUCCCCCAACCUUGAGCAGCGGCGGCCAUGGCGGAGAUCGGCGGCAUGCUUGCCGCUGCCAUCCUCAAGGUGGUGAGCGACCAGAUUGGUUCGGCCAUCGGAGGUCAGAUCACCCUGCAGAAGAACUUCGACAAGGAUCUGAGGAAGAUGAAAAUGGCUCUGGAAUCUGUCGAGGCCUUGCUCAAGGUCGUCGAGAGGCGGUCCAUCACUGAUGAACCGACGCUUCUGUGGCUGAAGCGGCUCAAGGACGCCAUGUACGCCAUCUCGGACAUGAUUGAUGACUUCGAGGCCGAUACAGAACCAAUCACUCAGCCGUCUCCACGGAAGUUCUCCUUCAAAAAAUAUUUGGCAAUUAUGAUCCCCUGUCUCAUAGUUGGUCCCAAGAUUACAAUGGCCAACAAGAUGGAGACGAUGAGGGAGGAUCUGGAGGUGAUAACCGAUCAACACAAGAAAUUCAGAUUGUGGGAAGAAACUAAUGCCAAUGAGCCAAAGGUUACUGAUAUACGGGAAACCACGUCAAUCAUGGAGACACAGGUUGUUGGGAGGACCAUGGAGAAAGAGGAAAUAUUGGCUUCUUUAUCUGAGAACAUGCAAAAAGAGAUCACAAUCCUUCCCAUAUGUGGAAUUGGAGGUCUUGGAAAGUCAACCUUGGCAAAAAUGGUUUACAAUAAUUCCAAAUUCAAAGAAUACUCUCAGGUGUGGGUUUAUGUGUCACAAAUAUUUGAUUUGAAGAAGAUUGGGAAUUCUAUAAUAUCACAACUAUCAAUGGAAGUGAAGGAGAGUGAGUACAGUACAAUGCAGAUGAUACACAAUUGUCUUCAAAAGCUCCUUGCUGACAAGAAGAUUCUUAUUGUUCUAGAUGACCUCUGGGAGGGUGAGCAAUUCAAGCUGAAGAGUCUAAUCGAUAUGCUGCAGAUUGGGAAGGGCAGUAACGUGGUAGUCAUAGUAACCACACGUGAUGAUGCCAUUGCAGAAAAAAUAUGUACCAUCCAACCAUACAAAUUAGCACCAUUGACUGAUGAAAUGUGCUGGUCUAUAAUAAAGCAAAAGAGUGCAUUUGAAUCUAGAGAUGACAAAGAACAAUUAGAGGAGAUAGGGAAGGUCAUUGCAAUGAAGUGUCGUGGUGUGGCUUUAGCAGCUAACUCUCUUGGACACAUGAUGCAAUCUAAGAAGCCAAGUGAAUGGGAAUCAGUGAGAGAUAGUAAUAUCUGGGAUGCAUCUUCUUCAACAGAUCCAACUUCUUUGCAAGUGCUUCCAUCUCUGAAGUUGAGCUAUAGUGUUAUGCCUUCAUAUCUGAAGCUGUGCUUUGCCUACUGUGCAAUAUUUCCAAAAGGUCACAAGAUAGCUAAACAUGAUCUUAUUCACCAAUGGGUUUCUCUUGGGUUCUCUACGUGGGAGCUUGGUGAAAGAUGCAUUAGUCAGCUUUUGGGACUCUCUUUCCUUGAACAUUUCAAGUCACCAUCGACUAUCGAACUGUAUGAUGAAGAUAUGACAUUGUUGACCAUGCAUGAUCUGGUGCACGACUUAGCAAGAUUAGUCAUUGACGAUGAAAUUUUUGUCGUUGGCAAAGGCGGGAACACUAAGGGAGUCUGCUACCAUUAUGCAUUGCUUGAUGAUUGUAGUAAGCCAUUGGGCUUGGAGUCAUCCAAGAUAAGGGCACUCCGUUUUAUGGACUGUGCUGAAAUUGAACUCCAUGGGGCUGCAUUUUCAUCUGCCAAGUCCUUGCGCGUCCAUGACUUAAGCGAGUGCAUCAUACAUAAGUUGCCCGAUUCUAUUGGUGUAUUGAAGCAGCUGAGGUAUCUUAAUGCUCCUAGAGUCCAAGAUGCAGUCAUUCCGAAUGAUAUCAUCAAGCUCUCAAAGUUAUUGUACCUCAACCUUCAUGGGUCUUCUAAAAUCUUGGCUUUACCAGAAUCCAUUGGAGAAAUUGAAGGUCUGGCAUAUCUUGAUUUGUCAGGUUGUUCAGAAAUUGAAAAGUUGCCAGAAUCAUUCGGGAGGCUAAAAGAAUUAGUGCAUCUUGAUUUGUCAAAUUGCUCUUGUAUUGGAGGUAUAUCAGAGUUCUUGGGCAGCCUCACAAAACUGAAAUAUUUGAACUUAUCUCACUGCAAAAAAAUUGGAGAGAUGCCAGAAGCUCUGGGCGUCCUAUCCAAACUAGAGUAUUUGAACUUAUCAUUCAGCUCAUAUCUUGAAAGUUGCCAAGAAGCAGAAGUUUUGGGCACCCUGAACAAACUUGAGUAUCUGAACUUAUCUUCGGAGGCUUGUGAUCUUCGAAAGCUCCCCGAAGCUUUGGGCACAUUCAUUCAACUCAAGUACUUAAACUUGUCAGGUUGUGAGAGAAUGUCAGAACUGCCGAGGUCAUUUCGGAGUCUAAAAAAUUUGGUGCAUCUUGAUCUAUCAGGCUGUCGUAGUAUUGAUUGUCUAGAUGAAGCUUUGGCUGGUCUUUCCAAUCUGCAACAUUUGAAUUUACGGGGUACACGUAUCAUGUUGUUGCCAGAAAAUGUGACCAAACUCAGGUAUUUGAAUGUGUCUGGGGUGAGUAAUAGGCUUAAAGAUACCAUGGACAGUCUCAUCAACUAUAUAUGCAGUAAUCUUUCCAAUCUGGAGCAUUUGGACUUGUCUAAUAAUUUUUUUUUGAGGAAUAUACCUGAAAGUAUUUGUAACCUGAGAAAACUGCAUACAUUGAACCUCGCAGAAUGCUUGUCUCUUAAAAAGAUACCAGGUAGUAUAGGUACAAUGGAUAGUUUGAAGUUUCUUGAUAUAAAUGAUUGUUAUAGAAUCUCCAAAGCCCCUCAGCUUGGUAGUAGUGCAUUAUCGUUACCACACUUUGGGGUGCAGCCUGGUGAUGGCCACUCUAGUAGCAACCUCGUCCUGCUACAACACAUAGAUCCUGUGGAGCUCAACUUGACUGAACUUGAAAAUGUGAAGUCCGUAGAAGAGGCCCAACGUAUAAAUUUGAUGGGGAAGAAAAAACUUGAGGACUUGAAACUGGAGUGGACUCCAGAUGCUGAGAGGUUUGUGGAUCACAAAAUUUUGAUGGAAAAUCUGGUGCCACCAAGCACAUUGGUGUGGUUGGAGAUAUGUGGUUACAGCGGUGUCAGCUUUCCAGCCUGGCUAGCACUGGACCAACUGCCAAACCUAGAGCAUCUGGUUCUCAGAGGCAUGGCAAACCUGGAAGAGUGGACCACGUCACACUCCAGUGGUGAGCAGCACGUGCUUGCACAGUUGGAAAUUCAUGAUUGCCCCACGUUAAGGUUGAAACCGCUUCCACCUAAAGCUAAAAAGUGGGUGAUAUUAAACAGCCAUAAAGUGUUAUCAUCAUGGGAAGAGUGUAGUGGACCACACACCAAUGCCACCUCCUCCUUUUCUCCUGUAACUACUGAGCUGUCAGUUGAAAACAGCAAGGUACCUCUGCACCAGUGGAGCUUGCUUCAGCACUUCCCUGGCCUCACUGAUUUGCAUAUUAAAGGCCCGAUCGAUCUGAUCGGCUCACCAGAGGUCCAACAUCUCUCCUCUCUGGAGACUCUAACACUAGAAGACGAAUACUUGGAAGAGCUGCCAAAAUGGCUGAACGAGAACAACUGGCAACUCAAAAGGCUACAUCUGUGGGGUUGCAGCAACAUGGCAUCACUGCCGCACUGGUUAGGAGAAUUAACCUCCCUCGAACAACUUUUCCUGGUUGGCUGUGAUGUCUUGUCUUCUUUGCCAGAAAGCAUACAGCAACUCACCCAUCUCCAGAAACUAAACAUUAAUAGCUGCCCUGAAUUAAAUCACUUGGGUGAAAGGGUAUGUCUCCUGCCUAGCUCUCUGGUGACUCUUAGAAUCUGGAAUUGUGAGGGUAUCAAGUGUUUGCCUGAGGGCAUGGAACAACUCACCAACCUCCAAAAACUAGAAAUUUAUGGUUGCCCUGACCUAAAGCAGUGGUGCCAAUUAGAGGAGAACAUGAUGAAGCUGGCUCACAUAAAAAACAAGAGGAUUCGCUCGUGGCACUGACGGCACCCUCGAUGUCGCCGUCAGUCAGAUGUGGCCCCCGAGGCUGCCGUGCCAGCUGCAACUGCCAACUGCUGCUGCCCAAGGUCUGGAGAUGCACGGCGUGCAAGCCAAGCAGGAUGCGCCGACCAUGGGCCCUGUUGUUGGACGCCAGCCUACCAUGGGCUACCGCAAGCAACUCGCCCUCAAACCCAAGCAGCGAUCUGGAUAGCUCAUUUGGAAGGACAUAUGAAGAAGAAAAAAAGAGUGCGGCUGUUUCGAAGCAUGGGAAUCGCGGAGUGGUAGCAGCAGUGUCGUGGCUCUGAUUUCACUGAAUUUUGCUUCGCGCCGGCUGACGGUACCAGGGGUGGCACGCUCGCGACCCGCUGCUCGAGAUGAGGGACCUCUGUGUUUAUGCACGGAAGAGACUCAAAACCAAGUCACAAAACUAGUACUCCUUCCGGCCCACCAAAAUUGUCUUAGAUUUAUCAAAAUUUAGAUAUAUAUCUAGACACUAUCUAGUAUAUAGAUAUAUUCAAAUUUUGUUAAAUCUUAGACAAGUUUCAUGAGAUGGAGGGAGUAUAUGUACUCGGUAUAUCAACUUUCAGAAAUCAUUAUGUGAAACUCA